AUGCAUGUAUCUCUUCAGCUUUUCAUUUUCAUUUCCCUAAGCAAUGACUUUACCCUAUCUUUGCAGCAGCAGAAUCCCAGCAAUGAAGUAAUGGCAUUGUUGGGUUUCAAGCAAAAAUAUGUAGCUUCUGAUCCCCAUGGUUUGCUCAAUGAUUGGAGAUUAGAAUCUUUAACUCCAUGUUCGUGGCGAUGCGUCUCGUGUUCUUUGCACGGAAAAGUUACUAUGCUUAACUUAACUGACGCUGGUCUAAUUGGUCGUCUGCAUUUGGAUGGUCUCAAUGGUCCUGAAAAUUUCUUCCCCGACAAGGCUUCUCAUCCUUCCUGCAUUGUUGAGACACUUGAUUUGUUAUUCAAUAAUCUAUUGGAGCAGUCUAAUUAUUCACUUUACGGUACUGGAAUUCCUCGAAGCUUGAUUAACUGUCAGCUUUUUGAGACCCUUGAUGUCUCCUUUAAUAAGCUGCAGGGUGAAAUUGCAGCUUCUUUAGGGAAUUUGAGGAAUUUGAAGCACUUGAAUUUAGCUCAAAACACCUUUUCCAGUAAUAUCUCACCGGAAAUGGAUUCCAUGUGCGGGACUCUAAUAGAGCUCGACCUCUCCGGAAAAGAACUUCCAGGCGAUUUUCCCGAGACAUUCAAGUCAUCAAUGGCUUGCAAAGGCUCAACCUUGGAAGCAAUCAGCUUUCAGGAAAUUUCCUCACUACAGUCAUUAGUUAUCUUCCUAGUUUGCAAAUCCUCCAAGUUCAAUUCAACAACAUUAAUGGUUUCAUUUCGGUGUCUCUUACAAACUGUACUAAGCUUCAAGUUCUUGAUCUUAGUUCCAAUGGCUUCAAUGGCAACAUACCCUCAGGGCUAUGCUUUAAUUGUUGAGGAAUACGUGAAAUUCCAAAAGACAUGCUCAGGAACUCAAAACUUGGGGAAGCUUGCUCUCAACAACAAUGGCUUCACUAGGAACAUUCCUGCAUCGAUCACUAAUUGCACAAAUCUUUCAUGGUUGUCGCUUUCAUUUAAUCGGCUGACUGGAACUAUCCCUACUGGUCUUCAUAACCUACAGAAGUUGAGCAUUUUACAGUUAAGUUACAACUCAUUUUCUGGAAAUAUUCAAACAAUUGAUCUCGGUAGUUUCAAAAACCUCAUAUGGCUCGAUUUGGGUAGCAAUCAGUUUACAGGUCAAAUUCCAUCGAUCCUCGCUACCCAAAAACGCUUUGAUCCCAUAUUUAGUUUGAGUUCCAAAGGUGGAUAA